CCUUAACAGGCAGACCUGGCAGACUGUAGUUUGUGUAGACUCUCGUAUGCACACAGAGAAAGUGCAACUUACUCUGACAGCUAAUGGUCAGUUGAAAACGAACCAAGGAAAACGUAUCAUCGUCAGUGAUCGCUGGGGUAGUUUGGCACGUCAUCAGUGGCUUACCUAGUGACUCCUGACAAAGCGAAUAAAGAAAAUUAUUCAAUAAGUGCGCUACGCAGCGAAUAAACACAUAUUGGUCAAGUCCAAGUACUUGGUAAAACAAAUAAACGAGUGAGGAAUAAGUCAUCAAAAUGAAGGCGAUAAUACUCGCCCUCAGUGUACUGUUUGCUGCUGGAGCAGCGAGGGUUGCUAACAAUGAUCAUCAUCGUAUAGUGGGAGCUAAACAGUGUACAUGGGGUCCUACGUAUUGGUGUAUGAAUAUAACCAAUGCCGCUGGAUGCAAUGCAACCACCCACUGUAUCAAUCACAUCUGGAGUACGAUGCAAGUUCCAGAGGACCAUGACAAUGUCUGUAACAUCUGUAAGGACAUGGUGACCCAGGCACGUGAUCAAUUGCGAAGCAAUCAAACUCAAGAAGACCUCAAGGCUGUCUUCGAGGGCAGUUGCAAACUAAUGAUGAUCAAAGUUGUCGUUGAAGAGUGUGAUAGACUUGUUGAUCAGUUUAUCCCCGAAUUGGUGGAGACUCUGGCGUCUCAGAUGGAUCCCUCUGUCGUCUGCUCAGUGGCUGGUCUCUGCAACUCAGCGCGCAUUGAUCAGUUACUACUUGAGCACGAGGCGAUGUUUAAGAAGAUCAAUCCUAAAGGCGUAUCUCUCAAGUAUGAUGAGCUCACCCCCGACGAGUGUUCCCAGUGCUACACAAUAAUGACCCACAUGGAGAGCAAGUUUGCAAACACUAAGCGAGACCAAUUGGCCAACGAGUUACUCUCCAUCUGUGGUCAAUUUGGUUCAUUUUCCGAUGCCUGCUCUUCCCUAGUCCUCGUGAACUUUGAGACAAUUUACAGCCACCUGAAAGACAACUUUAAAGCCAACAAUAUCUGCCACCUAUCCGGUCAGUGCAGCGGUAAGUACCAUAAGCACGAGGAGGAAACCGAGAAGGGUCCAGCCGUAGAAAUCCGUUUAUUAUCAAGCGUGGGAAUGGUGGACGUGGGUGACGAUCUCCCCUGCAAGCUCUGCGAGCAAUUGGUCGGCCAUUUGAGAGAUCUUCUUGUGGCGAAUACAACAGAAAUAGAGUUCCACCAAGUUCUGAACGGCCUCUGCAAGCAGACCAAGUCCUUCGCUGACGAGUGCAAAUCCAUUGUUGACCAAUACUAUCCAGAGAUUUACGAGUUCCUCGUCCACAAAUUGAACAGCAACGUUGUCUGUCAAAUGGGAGGAAUCUGUCCACUACCAGGUAAACUAGAGGCGCCCAUCAUGCCGCUCCUUCCCUACUCAGCGAAAGAAAUUGGAGUUCGUAUUUUGAAUAACCACAAGCAGAGCAACGUGGGAGUUGGAGGUGCAGGACAGAGGAAGAUCUAUCCUAAAACUGAAGCCGAUGAGAUGCAACUUCCAGCCGAGAGAUACCAGCCGUUUGGAACCCUGUUCCUUCCCAACAUGGACGUCGAAGGUGAAAAAACGUGCACCUUCUGCGAGUAUCUCAUGCAUUACUUGCAACAAGUAAUCACAAGCCCAACGACUGAGGAGCAAGUGAAACAAGUUUUGGACAGGGUUUGUAAGAAGUUGCCUGGCAGUGUCGAAGGCACUUGCAAUGAGUUCGUCAGCACUUAUGGAGAGGCUUUGAUUGCUCUACUAGCUCAGGAGAUCGAUCCUUCUGUAGUUUGCCCGGAAAUGCAUGUCUGCCCAUCGGAGGCUGCCCUGGAGGCUUGGGAAACCAUUCCUAAAGAUAUGACAUUGACGACUGAAGUUCAGGAGAAACCCAGCUGUCCUCUCUGUCUUUUGGCUGUAUCACAACUAUACAAUACCAUUAAGGACAAUAAAACUGAGCAGAAUAUCAAGAACGAAUUGGAGAAGCUUUGUGCACAUCUCUCCAAACCUUUAAGCAAUCAGUGCAUUGAUCUGGUAAAAGGUUACAGCGAGGAACUUAUAAACAUGCUUCUGGCUGAUUUGACUCCUGAAGAGGUCUGUGUCGCCAUCAAAUUGUGCAAUCCUCAGAAGAACGUAGGCCCCACUGACUACUUCCCUGUAGACAAAGAUGGAGAGAUUAUGACCAACGAAAUACCAAAUUUUCCGUUGCACGCUGAGAAGAAGGCUGGGGAUGAUCAGAAAUGCGUGGUUUGUGAGUUUAUCAUGCAGUAUAUAGAGAAGGCAAUGAAGAAUAAGUCAACAAAGGAUAAGAUCGAGAAGGUUGUUCACGAAGCUUGCAAUUAUCUUCCGAAGACUGUGUCCCAGGAAUGCAAUGACUUUGUCAAUGAAUACGCUGACCUAGUGAUUGACCUGUUGUCACAGAAUAUCAGUCCGAAAGAGAUUUGCACGAUAAUGAAGCUGUGUCAAGCUGACAUGCAAAAAAUGAUUGAUUCCAUAGCUGAGUGUGCAUUGUGCCAAGCUAUCAUCUCAGAAGUUGAUAGAAUGUUAACUGAUCCCAAGGUUGAUGCUAAGAUUGAAGCUAUUGUGGGUACAGCUUGUAGAUUACUUCCUGCUAGCAAGCAGGGCAAGUGCACGAUGAUGCUGGAGGUCUACGAGCAGAGCAUCAUCAAUCUUCUGAAGGAUGGAGUCAAUACUAAGGAAAUAUGCAAGAAGCUUUCACUUUGUUCGAGCAGUGAUUUCUUCGCUAUGUCUAAUGAGCAUUUUAGAGACAGGAGGGCUGAUGAUUUGGGGAAGAAAAGGUGCACCUGGGGAGAAUCUUAUUGGUGUAGUGAUAUGAAUGCAGCUAAGGAAUGUGAGGCCGUCGAUCAUUGCAGAAUCAAUGUCUGGAAGAGUGACACCCCGGCCACCCCUCGUCAUGCUGAAUUCAUCGAGGAAAAAUCAAGAUCUUAAGUUAAAAUGUUGCGGAAAACAUUUAAGAUAUUACAUAUAGAAAUUUCAACUCAUAAUCGGAAAAUUCAAAUUUUUCAAGUUUAUUAUUCUACUUAAUGGUAAAGGAGUGUAAGCGGAGGAUAGGCAGUGAGAUCUUCCGUGGUUAAAUAAUCAUACUCGAACCAAAAGAAUCAUUAAAUAAUGAAGUGGCUAACAUUAAUCAGUAAUGGAUGUAUGUAGACGCUAUUAAAUGCCUUUUUUUCUUAUAAAAUAUAUCUAAUUCAUUGUAUUUCAAUUAGAUUCUCAAUUUAGUCCAUGAGGAAUAUGGACAGUGAUUAUUCUCACAUGCCUUAUAACAAUUUAUACUUUUUAAUUUUAAUGAGGAACACACCAAUAAAGAGCGAGAGGGGAUUAAAUUCGUUACAUUGUACAGUAACUGUGAUAACGAUUAAAUGUUCUGCAUAAGGA